UGCGGGAUCGGGUUGGUAAUGGAAUUCGACGGAGAGAGUGAACUGCGAUUGUGACCGGCAUUGCGAGCGGGCUGUGCAACGCUCGGAACAGGGAAUAUGAGGUAUGAUGUGCUCAAAGAGCGACUUCUCUGAUAUUUCUCCUCGUCAAAAUUAUGCUGGCAGGCGGCUCAUCAGUGAGACCGAAGCUUGUCUUCAUAAUUCUGGAUCAGACGGCGCAUUGCAUGCUGAGGGAUGAUGGCAUUGACAAGAUGGGAUGUACCACCUCCUGGAGGGUAGCUCCUAGAAGGUGGUGUGUUGCUGGGGUGUACUCGAUUAGCGUCUGGUUUGUGUGUUGCAAAUCGCUGCGAACGAGACGUGUAAUACAUGUGAAGUUAAUGGGUGAAGCGGAAUGGCAAGGGAUGAUGAGGAUGCAGAGAGUGGCGAUGGCGCUGUGGCAGGCAGACCUUCUGCCAGUGGGUGUGGCACGUGACUCACCUAACCACACAUUACUGCCGCAGCUCCUAGUAUUACUGCGAAUGUGGCGCGAAGUUGAGAGGAUGCUUGGACUGACUGACUUGAGAGAAAAGAUAGGCGGUGACGGCGACGACGACGGCGCACCAAGUCUAAUUAGAGGGAGAUAAGACGGACGGGUAUUUUUAGAUGAACAGCUGUGGUGAAGCAUAGCUUUAUUAGUCUUGUGCUAUCGGCGUUAUCAUCGUCAGG